GCUAUGCAGAAGCAAAAUUUAUAGACUGCUUGUAUUAUAGAAACCCUUUUUUCGAUUGGUCAAUUCUGUUUUUGUUAGUGAAAAAUACAAAUAGAAAAGGUUAAUUAAGGAGAAGAAGUAAGAAUCGAGCAAAAGAGUUAGCCCUAGGACCGAGAAGCAAAAGCGACUCGCAUCCCUCGUGUAAAGGCUUUAGUGUAGUUCGAACUUAUAAAGGCUUUGAUCACAUAUUGGAAUCUUAAUUUCUAUUUGUUUUUGCGACUCUAGAUUAUUGUUUGAUUCUCCAACUAAAAAAAAAUAGGGUGUCGGGUUUUAGGGUUUAUCUGAUCUCCAUGUUCUUGCUAGUUUGAUUGCAGAGGAAGCUUCAUCAAGUAUCAAUGGGGAAGAAAUUUAACAAGAAGAUCACUUGGACGAUUAAAGAUUUCUCCUCUUUACCAGCUGACAUUAUUUACUCUGAUCCUUUUGUCGUCGAUGGCUGCAAUUGGUGUCUAAGUGCUUAUCCUAAGGGAUAUAACUUUAUUGGUUACUUGUCUCUGUAUCUGGAAGUCGCCGAUAAUGGAGCAUUGCCUUUUGGAUGGAGAAGACAUGCACGAUAUACCCUAACUAUAGUAAAUCAAAACUCGGAAAAAAGCUUCCAACAAAAUGAAGCAAAAGAGUGGUUUGACGACUCGACCCGAUGGGGUUGUCCAUCCAUAAUUCCCCUAAAUGAAAUUAAUGCCAAAGAUAGUGGAUUUCUCGUAAACGGGGAACUCAAAAUUGUUGCCGAGGUAGAUAUCCUUGAAGUUAUUGGAGACGUAGAUGUAUCAGAAGGUAUUUCAACAGUGAAAGAAACCAUAGAUGUUAAUGGCUUUCAACUUCUUCCUUCCCAGGCAAAAUGUGUUAGCCAUAUGUUUGAAAGACACCCAGCGAUUGCAUCUGAAUUCCGCCCAAAGAAUCCAAGUCUUAGGACUGGGUACAUGAGUUUGCUACUCAGUCUGAUUGAGACUUUAUCCCAGUCACCUCAAGAACUUUCCAAGGAUGACUUGUGUGACAUAUAUAUUGCACUUGGAUAUAUGACAGAUGCAGGGUUUAAGUUGGAUUGGUUGGAGAAGAAACUUUAUGAGGUGGCACAAAAGAAGGAGGAUGAUGAAGCUGGUGAGACUCGGCUACGAGAACUGGAGGAAGAGUUGAAGGACAUGAAGCUCAAGUGUUCAAAAAUGGAAGCUCUAGUGGAGGAAGAGAAAGCCAAGGUGUCGGCUGCAAAAGCUCCUCUCUCAUUCGAUGAUGUUGUUUAAUGUUCUUGUGUUUUUAGGACACUUGGAGGUUGGUUCUGCUUGGUGUGCCGGUCUGGUCGUUUAUAGCAUUUGGUUUCGUAAUGAAAGUCCUCUUAAAACUUAGGGAAGAUAAAAGAGACUCAUGUCUUGGAAAUUUUCCGCAAUGUUGUCGAGACGAAUCUCUAGGUUUCUUCUUGCUGUGUCUUGGCUUAGAAGUGAUGACUCUUCUUUAAACUUUGGAAAAUGAAUUAUCGUAUGUCUAAUUUUCCUCAUGUAGUCUUUUGUAAUGGAGUGAGUCCAUU